GUAUUUUACACGUUGCAGUAAAAACUGUACGGCCGGUUAAAUUUCUUGCUCAAUUAUGGCAGUCCCGUUUCAGAAGCUGACAAAUGGAGCAAAUAUGCCAAGACUUGGCUUUGGAACCUGGUUGUCGGAACCAAACGAAGUCACCGACGCCGUUAAGAAGGCUAUUGACAUUGGUUAUCGCCAUAUUGAUACUGCGCAUGUCUAUCAAAACGAGAAAGAAGUGGGCGUAGCACUGAAUGCAAAGCUUACCGAUGGAACCGUGAAAAGAGAGGAUUUAUUUGUAGUCACGAAGCUGUGGAAAGCGGACCUUCAUCCAGAAGACGUCAAGAACGCUUUUUUGACUUCACUCAAAGAUUUACAACUGGAAUAUAUAGAUUUGUAUUUAAUUCACUGGCCAAUGGCAUAUGCAAGAGGAAAGGAAAUGUUUCCUAAAGAUGAAAACGGAAAGAUUCGUUACGGUGACACAGACUAUCUUGAUACAUGGAAGGCAAUGGAAUUACUAGUUGAUGAAGGGUUAUGUAAGGCAAUCGGCUUGUCAAAUUUUAACAGAAAACAGGUGGACAGGGUGAGCGCAGUUGCACGUAUACCAGUAUCUGUUUUACAGGUUGAAUGUAAUCCAUACUUGACCCAAGAAGAUCUCGUAUCUUAUUGCAAAUCAAACAAUAUUGCUAUGACGGCGUAUAGUCCUCUGGGAUCGCCGGCCAGACCAUGGAUAAAAGAAGAAGACCCAUUUCCACUGAAAGACCCCAUAGUAGCCACAAUUGCCAAGGCUCAUAAUAAAACACCUGCACAAGUGUUGAUACAUUUCCAGUUACAACGAGGAUUAAUCGUCCUGGCAAAAAGUGUUACCCCUGCACGAAUAAAAGAAAACUUCGAGGUAAUGGACUUUCAAUUGAGUUCAGAAGAAAUGAAGGCAAUCAGUGGGUUAAAUCGCAAUUAUCGUGGAUUUUUACUGGAAUGGUAA